GUGCAAGCUGAGCUGUAACUGGUUGCUAUAGGCAACAAAGAGGAUCUUACAAUAUGAACGUGACAAAAAUCUCCCCAACAAUGUUGUCGGGAAAUAUCAGUGACUGUAUGGAGCAGAUUGUGAUAUCAGAUAAAGAUUUGGGCUCGAGGAGCGGGUUGAUCACUCACCGAUCUAUUAUGGUUCAUGGGUGUUACAAUUCACCAUGUAAUCCAUUUAUCCAUCUAUCAUUUACGGCCACCCUAAAGGACACAGAUGUGGAUUGGGACGAUCUUUGGGACCAGUUUGAUGAGCGCCGAUACCUGACCGCUCAAAGAUGGAAACCUGGAGAAGACCCCUACAGACUGUACGCCUUCAACCAGAGGGAGAGUGAGCGCAUCCCCAGCGACCGCGCCAUCAAGGACACCAGACAUUACAGAUGUACCGAGCUGCACUACCCAUCAAGCCUUCCACCUACGAGCAUCAUUAUUACCUUUCACAACGAGGCUCGCUCCACACUUCUGAGAACGAUUAGAAGUGUAUUGAAUCGGACCCCUAUGCACCUCAUCCGUGAGAUCAUAUUAGUGGACGACUACAGCGAUAACUCUGAUGACUGCCGGCUUCUCUGCAAGUUACCGAAAGUGAAGUGCUUACGCAACGACCAGAGGGAAGGCUUGAUUCGGUCCCGGGUGAGAGGGGCAGAUCUGGCUAAGGCCGGAGUCCUCACCUUUCUGGACAGUCACUGUGAAGUCAACAAGGACUGGCUGCCCCCCCUACUGAAGAGAGUGAAGGAGGAUCCGACCCGUGUGGUGAGUCCCGUCAUAGACAUCAUCAACCUCGACACAUUCGCGUAUAUUGCGGCAUCUUCAGAUCUCAGAGGAGGCUUUGACUGGAGUUUGCACUUUAAAUGGGAGCAGCUCUCCGCAGAACAAAGAGCUAAACGAUUGGACCCAACAGAGCCGAUAAAGACGCCUGUCAUAGCUGGUGGACUCUUUGUGAUAGACAAGUCUUGGUUCAAUCACUUGGGCAAAUAUGACUCGGCCAUGGACAUCUGGGGCGGAGAGAAUUUUGAAAUCUCGUUCCGCGUCUGGAUGUGCGGAGGGAGCCUGGAAAUUAUACCCUGCAGCCGAGUGGGACACGUGUUUCGGAAGAAGCAUCCGUACGUCUUCCCGGAGGGGAACGCCAACACUUAUAUAAAGAACACCAAGCGCACAGCUGAAGUAUGGAUGGAUGAAUACAAAAACCAUUACUAUGCAGCAAGGCCGGCUGCUCAAGGAAGACCAUACGGCGACAUCCAGAAGAGAUUGUCGCUGCGAAGGAGCUUAAAAUGCCGACCGUUUAAGUGGUAUUUGGAGAAUGUUUAUCCAGAACUCCAAAUCCCGGUGGAAUCCUUGUCCAAAUCAGGAAUAAUCCGACAGAGACAGCGAUGCAUCGAGUCCCAGAAGACGGGGGGACAGGAUGCACCUACUCUAAACCUAGUACCUUGUAGCAGCCUUAAAGGAGUGGAAGAAAAAUCUCAGGAAUGGAUCUACACUCAGGUUCAGCAGAUCAGCCAGCAGGAUCUGUGUCUGUCGGUGCACACCCUAUUCCCAGGGACCCAGGUGGUCCUCUUACCCUGUAAAGACGGAGAUGGCAGACAGAGAUGGAGUAAAGUUGGCUCCCACAUCGAACACAUGGCGUCUCACUUCUGCCUGGAUACGGAAAUCAUCGGCGACACCGACGAAAACAACAGAGAGAUUGUGAUCAACCCGUGCGAGACGACGGCCAUCAGUCAGCGCUGGGAAAUGGUCCUUCACGACUUCCACUGAGGGCAAUGAAACCAUCUCACUAGAAAAUUGAAAAGGCUCGCGGCAAACUCCGCAGCGCGCCAUCGCUUAGAGUCAAGUGAACGCUGCACUGAUGCAGUACGUAAUACGGGAACGGUGUGAUGAUCGAGGAGCUAAAAAUCAGCAGACAGGAGAAGGACAAUGAGGGUGCGGAAGGUUGAAGGGCGACAAAUCGAGGAUAUUACAAAAACAUGAUAUGACUUUUAGUUUUUUCCAGUUUCGGGUCAUUGUAAGGACUGGAGAAAAGACUUGGCCCAUGAGGGUUCCUACGAUCAUCACUCAUCAAGAUAAAAGCACACGGGAGGGAAGACGACGGGGGGAGGGGGGGUCUGAUCAACGUUCAUACUUUAACUUAAAGUGCAGGUUCACAUUUUUUAUUUUAUUCUGUAUGACAUUUUUUUCUAAAUUUUAAAGAGGUCCCUAACCCAAUCCUCCAGGACACCAACAGUCCAGGAUUAGAAUUUUCCCCCUGUUCUUUUCCAGUGGAGUAAGUGAAAAAAAAAACUGGAUUGAGGACUGGGUUGGGGACCACUGCUUUAAAGGGGUACUCCGGUGGAAAACUUUUUUUUGAAAAUGAACUGAUAAUGAACUGAUAAAAAAUGAAGAAAGAUAAACAGAUUUCUAAAUUACUUCUAUUAAAAAAAAUCUUUACCCUUCCAGUACUUAUUAGCAGCUGUAUGUCUAGUCCACAGUGCUCUCUGCUGACACAUCUGUCCAUGUCAGGAACUGUAAAGAGCAGUAGAAGUUUGCUAUGGGGAUUUUCUCCUGCUCUGGACAGUUCCUGAUACAGGCAUCAGGCGUCAGCAGAGAGCACUGUGGAAUAGAUAAAAAAAGAAAUAAAAAAAUAAAAGAAUUUCCUCUAUAGUAUACAGCUGCUAAUAAGUACUGGAAGGGUGAAGAUUUUUUUAUAGAAGUAAUUUACAAAUCUGUAUAACUUUCCAGCACCAGUUGAUUUUAAAAAAAAAUGUUUUUUAAAGGGGUAUUCCAGUCGAAAACUUUUUUUUUUUUUUUUUUUUAAAUCAACUGGUGCCAGAAAGUUAUACAGAUUUUUACAUAACUUCUAUUUAAAAAAAAAUCUAAUCCUUCCAGUACUUAGCUGGAAGUUCUUUUCUUUUUCAAUUUCCUUUCUGUCUGACCACAGUGCUCUCUGCUGACACCUCUGUCCAUGUCAGGAACUGUCCAGAGCAGGAGCAAAUCCCCAUAGCAAACCUAUCCUGCUCUGCACAGUUCCUGACAUGGACAGAAGUGUCAGCAGAGAGCACUGUGGUCAGACAGAAAAUAAAGAAAAGAAAAAAAACUUCCUGUGGAGCAUACAGCAUCUGAUAAGUACUGGAAGGAUUAAAAUGUUUUAAUAGAAGUGAUUAAACAAAUCUGUUUAACUUUCUGGCUCCAAUUCAUUGAAAUUUUUUUUUUUCCCCACUGGAGUACCCCUUUAAUGUACUGAUCUAAUGCUCCAGUCACAUCCAGAGCUGCAUCAAAAGAUGUUUAGUCUUCAAAUGUGAUGUUUAGAUUAGACUAGUAAUUUUUAGAUACCGAAACAGCAGGGGCGUGUUAGCUCAGAAGAAGGAAUGACUUGGAUGUCACUGCAGUAUAGUAUAAGGUAAUAAUGGGUCGGUAUGGUAAUGUAUCUGGAAGGUUCUGAAGGUGAACCUGUGCUUUAAAGGGGUACUCCCGUGGAAAAAAAAAAUUCUAAAUCAACUGGGGCCAGAAAGUUAAACAGAUUUGUAAAUUACUUUUAUUAAAAAAUCUUAAUCCUUCCAGUACUUAUUAACCGCUGAAUACUACAGAGGAAAUGGUUUUCUUUUUGGAACACAGUGCUCUCUGCUGACACCUCUGUCCAUUUUAAGAACUGUCCAGAGUAGGAGAAAAUCCCCAUAGCAAACAUAUGUUGCUCUGGACAGUUCUUAAAAUGGACAGAGGUGUCAGCAGAGAGCACUGUGGUCGUGAUGUCAGCUGAGAGCUCUGUGUUCCAAAAAGAAAACCAUUUCCUCUGUAGUAUUCAGCAGCUAAUAAGUACUGGAAGGAUUUUGAUUUUUUUAAUAGACGUUAUUUGCAAACCUGUUUAACUUUCUGGCACCAGUUGAUUUAAAAAAAAAAAAAGUUUUCCACGGGAGUACCCCUUUAAAGGGUGCCUGUCGCUUAAAAACAAAAAAAAACAUGUCCAAGGGACCUGCUCCUCUACAUCUCUCUGUGCCAGCAACCAAGACAAUCCCAUAGACUAGUGUUUCCAAACCAAUAUGCCGUUGGCUGUCCGGGCAUGCUGGGAGUUGUAGUUUUGAAACAGCUGGAGGCACCCUGGAUGGGAAACACCAUUCUGAUUAAUUGUUGUUGGUCUCCCAUCCACUGCCCAGACCAUGAUACUUGCUGCUUAGCAUACUCUCCUCCUGGCCCCUUCUAGCAAUCGGUCAGGGUCUGACCACUCAGACCCCAACAGAUCAAAACUUGUCUUGUCUCAGAGACAUGUGAAAAGUUUCGAUCAGUCAGGGUUGGAGUGUUCAGACUGAUCACUAGAACGAAAGGCGAGAGAAGCAAGUGGCCAAGUGCUCCUCUACAGCUCUCUAAAUCCCAUAGACUAGUGCUUCCCAACCAAUAUGCCUCUAACUGUUGCAAAACUACAACUCCCAGCAUGCCCGGACAGCCGUUGGCUGUCCGGGCAUGCUGGGAGUUGUAGUUUUGUAACAGCUGGAGGCACCCUGGAUGGGAAACACUGUUCUGAUUCAUUGUUGUUGGUCUCCCAUCCACUACCCGGACCAUGAUACCUGCUGCUUAGCAUACUCUCCUCCUGGCCCCUUCCAGCAAUCGGUCAGGGUCUGACCACUCAGACCCCAACAGAUCAAAACUUGUCUCUACUAGAACAUGUUCAAGUUUUUUUGUUUUUUUAAAGUGACAGCGCCUAUUUAAAGUCAUUGGUCCACUUUGUAUCCACAUGGCAAGGGGGGCGGAGCAGAGCUCCUGACCUCAUGUAUAAUAUAAAAGAUAUAUUUUAUUUGUAUAUUUAUGAAACACAGAUUAAUUUAUGAUGAAUUCUAAUGGGAACUGAAAUCGGCACAAAAACUAAAACUGGAUGGAAUAUUGACACGGUCACUUGGAAAUAAAAAAUAAAUUAAUAAAUAAAUAAAAACUUGCACAAAAGUUUUUUAAAACGUCUUAAAGGGGUUAUCCAGGAAUUGAAAAACAGAGCUAAUUUCUUUCAA